UGAAAACAAAUGAGUGUUAAUGACGUACUUUAUGUAUGUUAACUGAUGGACACAUUGUGUGAUUGAAUGCAUUGAAUGCACGCCUUAUUUGUCGACAAAAGUAUCGCAAAAAACUUGUUAAACACUUUGUGACCACAACUUUGUCCUCCGAUAUUGUCCACUGAUUACCGAAAACUUUGUAAAAGAUGGCACUUUCCGUACCAAAAGCUCCCGGUUUUCUUCAGAUGCUCAAAGACGGCACCAAAUACUUGUCGGGCAUUGAAGAGGCCGUCAUCCGCAACAUCGAGGCCUGUACUGAGUUGUCAAACGCAUUGAAGACCGGUUACGGACCUAAAGGACUGAAUAAAAUGAUUAUCAAUCACUUAGAGAAACUGUUUGUGACCUCUGAUGCGGCCACUGUUAUCCGUGAGAUGGAGGUCCAGCACCCGACGGCCAGAAUGAUAAUACAAGCCUCACAGAUGAUGGAGCACGAGGUUGGCGACGGAACUAAUUUUAUAGUGCUUUUCGCCGGCGCUCUACUGGAAAACGCCGAAGAAUUGAUUCGUAUGGGUCUAAAGCCGACCGAAAUUAUUGAUGGCUACGAAAUAGCCGCUAAUAAAGUGUUGGAUGAAUUGUUACCGAAAUUGACUGUUCAUGAAGUGAAAGAAUUUAAGGAUCUGAACGAAGUGUCAAAAGCUAUCCGAUCGUCGGUAAUGUCCAAACAAUACGGUAGUGAAGAUUUUUUGACCAAAUUGAUUGCCGAGGCGUGUAUUUCGGUUGGUGUUAAUGACGUGGCUUUCAAUGUCGAUAAUAUCAGAAUUUGUAAGAUAUUGGGUGCAGGAGUGGAAAAGUCAGAAGUGGUUCAGGGAAUGGUCUUUAAAAAAUUGGUCGAGGGUGAUAUAUCAUUAGCUGAAAAUGCUAAAAUAGCCAUCUAUACGGGUGCAGUUGACACACAGGCCACUGAAACUAAAGGAACUGUACUUAUUAAAAGUGCCGACGAAUUGUUGAACUUUUCCAGAGGUGAAGAGAAUCUAUUGGAGGCACAGAUUAAAGCCAUUGCCGAGUCUGGCGCUAAAGUUGUAGUUUCUGGCGGAAAGUUUGGUGACUUAGCUCUUCAUUAUUGCAAUAAAUAUAAUUUAUUAGCCGUUCGACUGAACUCGAAGUUUGAUAUCAGACGAGUGGCUAAAACUGUGAACGCAAUACCUUUACCAAAGCUGACGGCACCCAAUAAAGAGGAAUUAGGAUUUUGUGAUAAAGUUUAUAUCGAUGAAAUUGGCGGAACUAAUGUUGUGGUAUUCGAGCAAAAGUCGAAAGAGUCACGAAUUGCUACAAUUGUUAUCAGAGGAUCGACUGAUAAUAUAAUGGACGACAUUGAACGCUGCAUUGAUGACGGAAUCAAUACUUUUAAAGCAUUAACAAGAGAUGGGAGGUUAGUUGCUGGUGCCGGAGCUGUGGAAAUGGAGUUGGCUCACCAGAUAAGCCAAUUUGCCGAAACAUUGCCCGGACUCGAACAGUAUUCUGUCGGAAAAUUUGCUGAUUCACUUCAGAGCCUUACCGUCGCUUUAGCUGACAAUGCGGGCAUCAAAUCAACCGAAUUGGUCGCAUUGUUGCAGACGGCCCACGCAAAUGGCAAAAGUAAUACCGGCAUCGAUAUCGAAAGCGAUGUCGCGGCUACUAUUGACUCAGUCAACGCCAACAUUUAUGAUCUACAAUUAGUUAAACAUUGGGGCAUAAAAUACGCUACAAAUGUGGCCAAUACUAUACUACAAGUCGAUCAAAUUAUAUGCGCCAAACCCGCCGGAGGACCGAAACCACCGAAACAAGGAGGAGAUUGGGAUCAAGAUUAAGAUAUUUUACUCUAUAAUCACAAUUAACAUACUUUUUGUUACAUUUUUUUUAAAUAUUAUUUUUCAAUAUAUACACCCGAAACCAUAUAUAUAGACUGCUAUCGACUUACCGCUACUUUGAAAACACUCAAUAUUAGAACUAACAAAAUAAUUA